AUGAGCAACUACCACUGUCCUGACAGCAAGACUGUACAAACACUGAAGGAUAUCGCAAACAAGUUGCGAAUUCACAGCAUUGAAUCCACAAAUGCAAGCAAUUCUGGGCAUCCAACAUCAUGUUGCUCUGCAGCAGACGUUAUGUCAGUGCUCUUCUUCAAUGUGAUGAGCUACACUGUAGAUGAACCACGUCACCCCAAUAAUGACCGAUUUGUGCUAUCAAAGGGACACGCAGCACCAAUCUUGUAUGCAGCAUGGGCAGAAGCAGGACUGUUUCCUGCAUCAGACCUACUGGAACUUCGAAAGCUGACCUCUGACCUUGAAGGCCAUCCUACUCCAAGGCUGAACUUUGUAGAUGUUGCUACCGGAUCUCUGGGUCAGGGUUUGAGCUGUGCUGCAGGAAUGGCAUAUACGGGAAAAUAUUUUGACAAAGCAGAUUACCGUGUAUACUGUCUUAUCGGAGAUGGAGAGAGUGCUGAAGGAUCUAUUUGGGAAGCGCUGGCUUUUGGCAGCCGCUACAACUUGGACAAUCUUGUAGCUAUAUUUGACAUCAAUCGCCUGGGGCAGAGUGAAGCCACAAUGCUUGAACACGACUUGGAUGUAUACAAAGCUAGAGUAGAAGCAUUUGGCUGGAAUACAUAUGUUGUUGAUGGCCAUGACGUAGAAGCAUUGUGUAAGACAUUCUGGGAUGCUAGCCAUGUGAAAGGUAGACCAACAUGCAUUUUGGCAAAGACGUACAAAGGACAAGGAAUACCAGGUGUGGCAGAUGCAGAAAAUUGGCAUGGGAAACCUUUGGGGAAUCAAGCACUUGAAGCAAUUAAAGCUAUCAAAGACAACAUUAUCAAUGCUGGACCACAUAAUAUCAUUCCAAGACAACCAACAGUAACACUGUCUCCAGUCAACACAUCAGUGGAACUGUCUCAACCCCCAUCAUACAAACUUGGGGAAGUUGUUGCUACACGUUUGGCCUAUGGGACUGCUCUUGUGAAGAUUGGAAAAAACAAUGACAGGGUCGUUGCUAUGGAUGGGGAUACUAAGAACUCUACAUAUGCUCAGAAGUUCAAGGAUGCCUUUCCAGAUCGAUUCAUAGAAUGUUAUAUUGCUGAGCAGAAUCUAGUUGGGGUUGGCAUUGGUUGCGGCACCAGGAAUCGCACAAUUCCAUUCGUAAGCACAUUUGCUGCUUUUUUCACCCGAGCAUUUGACCAAAUUCGCAUGGGAGCUAUUUCACAGACAAAUGCUAACUUUGUAGGAUCGCAUGCUGGAGUGUCUAUAGGUGAAGAUGGCCCAUCUCAGAUGGCUCUGGAAGACAUAUCUAUGUUCAGAAGUGUUCCUGGCUCAACUGUCUUCUACCCCACUGAUGCUGUAUCCACUGAGAGAGCUGUAGAGCUGGCGGCAAACACUAAGGGUAUUUGCUUCAUCCGGACCAGCAGACCCAAUGUGCCCGUUAUUUAUGAAAACAAUGAGCCGAUUUGCUGUUGGGAAGGCAAAGGUAUGUUGAGUAUUGUUAGACAGAGUGCAUCUGACCAAGUCACAGUGAUUGGGGCUUGUGUGACACUGUAUGAAGCACUGAAGGCUGCAGACAUUCUUGCUGAACGUGGGGUCAACAUUCGAGUCAUUGAUCCUUUUACCAUUAAACCCAUUGAUGCUGAUACCAUUAUUGGCAGUGCACUGCAGACUGGGGGCAGGAUCAUCACCGUGGAAGAUCACUAUGCAGAAGGUGGUCUUGGAGAGGCCGUUGCUGGUUCUGUGAGCCAUCAGUCUGGCAUUACUGUGAAGCGCCUGUUUGUUCCUGAAAUUCCUCGCAGUGGUAAAAGUGAAGAGCUGUUGGAGAAAUAUGGCAUCAGUGCAAACUGCAUUGUCAAAGCGGUGGAGAACUUCUUGUCUGCUUAA